AUGCUGACAAAAUUCAAUCAAGCAUAUUCAGAAUUAAUCGGGAAACUACCUCCUUCACUAGAAAAUGAAGCUUGGAAACAUCUUAUUUCUAGAAAGCGAAAUCCAAUAACAGAAGAGGACGCUAGUACCAUUAACCCCUUAAUAGAAUUAUUUUUGAAUCACGAGAUUAUACAACAAGCUUGGAGAAAUUUCAAGAAGAGACCUGAAUCCUUAGCAUCCAAAGUUUGGAAUGGAAUUAGAAAUGAUAACAUCUCCAAUGAUAAGAAAUUUUUAGGUUUAACCCGACAUAAAGUGAAAAAUGCACAAACCCGAGAUCAAUUCAAUCUGUGGAAAGCUGAGCAAAUUGAAAUGUAUAGGAAAUGUAAUUCUGAUAUGAUUCGUCUCUUUCUUGAUAGAAAAUAUGAAGAAUAUUAUAUUCCAUAUGAUUGGAUAGGUUCCAAGAAAAAUCAAUUAUACGAGAGAUUGUGA